AUGUUACGCACCACCGCGCGACGGCUAGCAGUGGCAGCUGCUAAGGCUGCUGAGCCCAGCGCCUACACUCUCAAGGUCUCGGCGGCUCAAGGAAUCGCCAAGGGACUCACCGGAGCCAUCGGAAACACCCCCCUGAUCCGGCUCAACAAGCUCUCCGAGGAGACCGGCUGCGAGGUGCUGGGCAAGGCCGAGUUCAUGAACCCCGGCGGCUCGGUCAAGGACCGCGCGGCGCUCUACGUCGUCAAGGACGCCGAGGAGCGCGGCCUGCUGCGUCCGGGAGGCACCGUCGUCGAGGGCACGGCGGGCAACACGGGCAUCGGGCUGGCGCACGUGUGCCGCUCGCGGGGUUACAAGCUCGUCAUUUACAUGCCCAACACGCAGUCGCAGGGCAAGAUCGACCUGCUGCGCCUGCUGGGCGCCGAGGUGUACCCCGUGCCCGCGGUGGCGUUCGACAACCCGGAGAACUACAACCACCAGGCGAAGCGCCACGCCGAGAGGCUGGAGAACGCGGUGUGGACGAACCAGUUCGACAACACGGCGAACCGGCGGGCGCACAUCGAGACGACGGGGCCGGAGAUCUGGACGCAGACGGGGGGGAAGGUUGAUGCUUUCACGUGCGCUACGGGGACUGCGGGCACGUUUGCCGGCGUUACGAGGUAUCUGAAGGAGGUCUCCGGCGGGCGGGUCAAGAGCUUCCUCGCGGACCCUCCCGGCAGCGUUCUGCACUCGUACGUGAGCUCGGGCGGCAAGCUCGUCGAGCGAUCCGGGUCUAGCAUCACGGAGGGCAUCGGCCAGGGCCGCAUCACGGACAACCUGCAGCCGGACAUUGAUCUUGUGGACGGGUCCCUGACGAUCGCGGACGAGAAGAGCAUCGAGAUGGUGUACCGGUGCCUGGACGAGGAGGGCCUGUACCUGGGGGCCAGCUCGUCGCUCAACGUGGUGGCGGCCAAGGAGGUGGCCGAGAAGCUGGGCAAGGGCCACACCGUCGUCACGAUGCUCUGCGACGGCGCGUACAGGUACGCCGACAGGCUGUUCUCCCGCAAGUGGCUCACUGAGAAGAAGCUUCUGGGCGCCAUCCCCAAGCACUUGGAGAAGUACAUUGUCUUGCCAUGA